CUUGUAUUGAUCUUUCUUUUCUUCAAAAUGGUGUCGAGCAACCCAAAAAGUGGGAUUUCUGGCGUGAGGCUAUCAUCGGUGGUGCCAGCGACGGUCACCGGUGAUAACAAGGAGGUGGAGCUGACCAACCUGGACUUGGCCAUGAAGCUCCACUACAUUAAGGGAGUGUACUUUUUUGAAAGCGAAGCAGUUCGAGGGCUCACAGUGUAUGAUUUGAAGGUACCAAUGUUCAAGUUGCUGGAGGCGUAUUAUCCAGCGUCGGGGAGAAUCAGGUUCUCGGAAAUGGGGAGGCCUUUCAUCAAGUGCAACGACGGCGGCGUCCGGAUCGUGGAGGCACAGUGUGACAAGACUGUGGAGGAAUGGUUGGCAAUGGAGGACUGUUCUCUCGAUGGGUGUUUGGCUUAUGAUCAAGUUCUUGGUCCUGAUCUAGGUUUCUCCCCUUUGGUGUUUGUACAGUUUACUUGGUUCAAAUGUGGUGGCAUGGCCAUAGGACUCAGCUGGGCUCAUGUAUUAGGGGACGCAUUUUCUGCUUCGGACUUUAUCAAUAAUUGGGGACGGAUCUUAGCCGGAGAAGAACCAUCAAAGUCUCUAGGGGAAAUAAAUUCCACAUCUUCCUUUCCAGGGAAACCAUUUUCCUUGGAAAAGGUUUCCACAAUGGGUGACUGCUGGAAAUUUGACAGUAAUUGUAAAAUGCAAACGCAUUCAUUCCUUUGCAUUGAUGAUCCCAACCAAACAGCUAAUCUCUUAGGCUUUGAAACCAUUUCGGCGGUAAUAUGGAAAUCAAUAUCGAAGAUCAGGGGAAAUAUAGGGUCAAAAAAAGUGACAAUAUGUAGGAAAAAUGUGAACAGGGAGAGGGCAAACAAUGGAUUGGUUUUUAGCAUGGUGGAAACAGAAUCCUCAGUUGCAAAGCUGGAGAUAGCAGAAUUGGCAAGAAUGAUUGCUAGUGACAAGGUGGAUGAAAAUUACAGGAUUGAAGAUAUGUUAGAGGGGAUUGGGAAAGGUGGGGAAGGAUCGGAUUCUGUAGUGUACGGAGCUGAUUUGACGUUAUUGAAUAUGGAAGAAGGUGAUUUUUAUGGGCUUGAGUUGAAGGGUAAGAAACCGGUGUUUGUGAACUAUAUGAUUAAUGGGGUUGGUGGUGAGGGGUUGGCUUUGGUUCUUCCAGGGCCGCCACAGAAGGACGGUGGUAAAGGGCGGACUGUGACAAUGGUGCUGCCGGAGGGGGAGAUUGUUGGGGUGAAGAAUGAGAUUCAAAAGUAUUGGAAUAUUGUGUGAAAAUAAUUUUGUAUUGGUCAUCGGGAUUCAUAUUUUAUUGGUGAAUUGUUUAUUAAAAAUAUAGUUUGUUUUAUAAAUAUAUUAAAAUGAUUUUAAUAAAAUUAUAUUAUUUUAUUAAAAAUAUUUUAAUAUAUUUAUAAUUAAAAUAAAUUAUAUUUUUAAAAUAUAAUUUAUCAUGUAAAAUAUUUUCUUUUGGUUUUAUCGUGUACUACUUUUUUUUUUCUUCUCUUUUCCUGUGAUUUUGUGUCACAUGCAUGAAUGUCAUUAGUUCGUCGAUGAUCUAAAUAAAACAAAUGAAUAUCACGUGUUCUACAUCCAAUAAAGAGAAAAACAAAUAUCAUGUGAAAAUGCUUUUGUGAUGGAACUCGAUUGAACCUGUCCUAUGGCAUGGCCAAGCAGUUGUACCCCACAUGGUGCAUUAAUAAACACACUAUUUGAUC